AUGUGUGCAUCCAGUCUUGCUGCGUCGGCUGAAUCGGUGGCUACCUUGGAUGCGCCCACGAGGAUCUGGGGUGACUGGAAGGAUGAGGAUGAGGAUGAGGAUGCUGAGUACAAGGACUCCGGGGACGAUGCACUGCACCAUCCUGCAGGGGAAUGGGGUGACGAUGAUGGCCAAGCCGAGUCUUGGGUCGCAGACGCUGGCCCAGAGAAUCCAUGGUCUACCGGUGAUCAGGAUGACACGUGGGGCGAGGCUUCGGCAGAUUCAGAUCCCAAGAAUCCGUGGCCUGCUGAUGAAGGCUGGGAUAACACGUGGGUCGAGGAUUUCCCGGACCCCACCAACGACGAGAUCUACGAGAGCUUCAUCCAGACCAUGGGCAUCGACUUGGACGAGGAGGCUCGACUGCACACGCCUAGCUUCCGCACAAACAAUACAAUUGCCGUUGAUUUGGUGCAGGAGCAACCUGAGCAACCCGACGAAGGGCAGAAUGAUGAUUUGGUCAAUCACGACAUGCAGGAGGCCAAGGAGGGAGUGACAGACAUAGACGAGAGAGAGAGAGAGAGAGAGAGAGAGCUGGUGCUGGCCAGCAAGCAGCCAGUGGAGUACCAGAAGCCCAAAGGAACAGCCACCAAGCCGCACAUAGAUGCUCAAACGAUGCUUUUGGAGCUCGAGCCGGACCUCAAGUUGAAGAACGUGAGGGAUCGGUGGUGGGUAUCGGAUGAGCGUACGACUGUCCUCUCCACCAUUCCGGUUAAGGAGCAGAAGAAGC